AAAGUUCUACAAAGAAAAUUUCUGUGAUGUUAGCUACAGAUGAGGAAGAAGCGAAGCAGGCAUCUAGUGCCACCAGCAAUGUAGAACGUCAUGAAUGGAAUGAUUCUGAGACUAAAUUACUACUUGAUACUACUGCUGCGAAUAUGGAAAAACUGAAAGGGGCUAAAAACAAAACAAAAGUAUGGACAGGUAUUGCGGAAGUUCUCAUAACACAUGGUUUCAAUGUUACUGUUACACAAUGCAUAGACAGGUACAAAUAUAUGAAACGGUCAUACAAAGCAUAUGUAGAUAAAAAUAAGAAAUCAGGAAGUGGAAAGUGCUCAUUUAAAUAUGAAAAAGAGAUGCAUGCUCUUAUUGGGGACGACCCGGCAGUAAAACCACUUUGAACAUUUGGAUCAGGGGAUAAAGUAGAAGGCACUGAUCUUGAUGCCAACGAAACUGAUGAGAGUUCAGAUGUUUCUUCACCAGCCUUUGAAUCCAAGCGUCCACGCAGAAAAAGCAUGGUAAAUGAGUUGAAGGAAUUGAUGGAGGAAAGAGACCAGAGAAUGCUGUCUGUAAUGGAAAAAAUGAACAGUGAACAAAACAAUUUAUUGAAGAAACUUAUUGAUAAGUUGUAAAUCUACUACAGUUUGUAAUGAAGGUUUAGUGUCCCAUAUAGAAAAUCACGGUAACUAUUGGAAAGGUUAAAAAGUAAAUGUUUGAAUUGUGUUUAUUUGCUUUUUUAAUAUAUGUAUAACACAUAUUACAAGAGUUUAUGUUAAAUAUUGUUUUGCCAGGAAGGCUUCUGUUUUUCAUUUUAUCAAAAUAUGAACAAUCAAGCUUCUGAAGAAAUGUAUUGAUAAUUGUAAAUUAUCACAGUUUGAAGAUGAGGUGAAAUGUAAUGCAGAGUCGUAAUUUAGAAAAUCUGUGUGGAUAUUGGAAAGGUUAAAAAGUAAAUGUUUGAAUUUUGUUUAUUUGCUUUUUUAAUAUAUGUAUAACACAUAUUACAAGAGUUUAUGUUAAAUAUUGUUUUGCCAGGAAGGCUUCUGUUUUUCAUUUUAUCAAAAUAUGAACAAUCAAGCUUCUGAAGAAAUGUAUUGAUAAUUGUAAAUUAUCACAGUUUGAAGAUGAGGUGAAAUGUAAUGCAGAGUCGUAAUUUAGAAAAUCUGUGUGGAUAUUGGAAAGGUUAAAAAGUAAAUGUUUGAAUUUUGUUUAUUUGCUUAAUAUAUGUAUAACACAUAUUACAAGAGUUUAUGUUAAAUAUUGUUUUGCCAGGAAGGCUUCUGUUUUUCAUUUUAUCAAAAUAUGAGCAAUCAAGCUUCUGAAGAAAUGUAUUGAUAAUUGUAAAUUAUCACAGUUUGAAGAUGAGGUGAAAUGUAAUGCAGAGUUGUAAUUUAGAAAAUCUGUGUGGAUAUUGGAAAGGUUCUAUGUAAAUACAUUUUGAGUAUCCCUUGUUAGAAAGCGUUAUUUUUACUUAUUUUUGUUCAAGGAAGGUUUUAUUUGCUGAAAAGUAAUCAGGACAAGUGACAUUUUUCUUUAAAUUGUCUUGAAUUUGUUGCAAGGCAUCUAAUACUUUACUUGUAGUAAGUAAAAAGUAAAUUGUUCUAUAUCACCCUAAUUUUCAGCUUUAUUUGCAAAAUUAAGGCCUAAAUAAGUAUUUUUGAUACAUUUAAGGUAAUUUCUGUGUAAGUUGGCCUUUGUCAUUUGUACUUUUAAUAAACAUUUCUACUAAACACUAACACUAUAUUUUCAUGAACAUUGAAAUAAAUCUUAAGGCGUGCUGCUUUAAUUGCUAUAUUUUUAGCUCACCUGAGCACAACGUGCUCAUGGUGAGGUAUUGUGAUGGCUCAGUGUUCGUCGUCCGUCAUCAACAAUUUGUUAAAACAACAUCUCCUCCUGAACCACGUGGCCAAUUGUAAACAAACUUUACAGAAAUGAUCCUUAGGUGAUCCCGAUUCAAAGGUGUUAAAAAAAUUAAAUUCCAUUGAAAAUUCUGGUCGUUAUGGCAACCAAUAGGAAAAACUUUAAAAAUCUUGUCUGAACUAUUUCACCUAGAGCUUAGAUAUUUGGUGUGUAGCAUUCUCUAGUGGACCUCUACCAAUAUUGUACAAAUUAUGGCCCAAGGGUCUAUAUUGGCCUCGCCUGGGAAGUCAAUUUAUUUUACAUAGACUAAUAUAGGAAAAACUUCAAAAAUCUUAUUGUUGGAAAGUAUUUGGUCUAGAGCUUAGAUCUACGUUUUGGCCUGGUUUUGUUUACACCAUUAUAAUUCUGUACUCAGGUGAGUGACCUGGGGCCAAUGGUCCCAUUGUUUUCAGCUUUGUUCAUUGCAUAACAAUGCCUUCCUGAAUUAUUUCAUUUUUACAAUCAUGUUUUAUUGUAAUGUUCUAUAACUUCUUAAUAAAUUCUGUUUCAACC